AAUGACACGCACGCACACCUGUCAGACGGCAUUCCUUUUUGAUGAAAGCUGUCAGAAAGUUCAUCAUGCACGAUGCGUUGAAAUGCCUUGCGCUCUCGACAGACACCACGAUACCCGCUGGCUGACUGACCCGUUUAGCUGGACGGACCGUUUCUGCGAUGUGAGCGUGAAUAAUUAUAUGGGAGCGAGAGAGAUAAUUCCACCUGACUCUCUUCCGAGACCGUCCACCCCUGAAGCUAAGGAAGACAUCCUGAGAGAGUGUAAAGGUAUGUAGACUAGCCCAAUCCUCUAUUAGUUGAUGACAACAGUAACAUUACCGGUAGCCUCCUGGGCUGUUGCCACUGGAAAAAGUUAUUCAGAGUUAUUGCGUUGAUUGUUUUGUGUAACUGUUUGGCGUAAUGACGCUACAUGAAAUAGCCAGAAUGAGGGGCAGGAGCUGACACCUGGAGAAAUACAAGAGCGGCGGAACAAGGCUACCCAUAGCUGUCUCUCUGCCUGGUGGAAUUACGCACGAUGGACCAGGAAGAAGACUUUCUUGACUUCAAGUCCUUGAGGGCAAAGUUCCAGGAUGAGGAAGUGUUUCUGCUGAAGCAGCCCGGGACCAAAUCUGCUCUCCCUGAGACACCUAAAGUCCUGCCUCCUCCUCACAGCCCUACAAACUGCCUUCCUUCCCUCAGCUCCACAUCACACACACCCUCCAACUCGCACUCCCAACCGCGCGGUGCUCGACCUUCCCUCUUCUCCUCCCUUCAGGGGCCGGGUGGCAUCUCUUCCAGAGUCAUCGUCAAGGAGGAGAAGAAGGCGAAGAGCAAAGACAAGGAUGAGGGGAAGGUGAAAUUACUAGGUAAAAAGAAGGCAGAGGUGAAGGCUGAUAAAGAGAAGUCGGAUGAAAGGAUGAAUGGAGGGAAAGAUAUUGUAGAAGUAGCGGUGAGGUCAGAUCUGCUGGACCAGAAACAGAAGAAAGAAGCAGACCUGGCCAUGAAGAACAAGAAGGUGUCCCUGCUGUCCCCUGGAGGGUCUAAGGGGGGUAGUGUUAAGCUGGUAGACAUGUCACCAUCGCCCAUAAACACAACAAAGAAGAAGGGUUUUCUGGGCAUCGGGAAGAAGAGGAAAGAGGGGAGAGUUGAGCGUCUUCCUUUCCCCAUACUGGACAUAGCCAGCCCAGACCUGGCUGACCCUGAACCUCUCAUGCCUCUAACCACCUUCGGAACCCCAGCCCCCCCCGGUGAUAUACCUAUACGUACUGUCAUUAUCCCACCUUCCCCAGCAGUACACAUUGUUCAAUUACCCCCUGCCUCGAUACCUGCCCCAGUACUAGAUUCCCCCUUACCCCUGGAGCUGACUCAUAACCCAGUAUUUACCCUGUUACCCCCCACCCUGAAACCUGCACCAGCAGCUGAAGGCAUUACAGUCGUUACACCACCUAACCCCAUCCCAGUGAUCCCUGACCCUCCUAUCAUUGAUCACAUCCCUGAAACCCUCAGUCCUAAAACCCCAGCUGAAACCAUCCCAGCCCCCACCCUGCCAGUAUCAGUCCACCCUACCCCUUCCCCUGUUACUGCCCCAUUCAGCCCAAUACCAGCUCCCCCAGUCACCCAUAUACUCCCUGCUGUCCCCUCCCCACCUACACUCUCUACCUCCACCCCACCUCCACCUGUCAUCGCCACUCCAUCCCCAUCCCCACCCCCUGACCCUACCCCCUCUCCUCCUCCUCCCCCUACACCUCCAGCUGCUGAACUUGAGUCUGUAGUAGUGGAUAUUGCUGUUAUAGUCGAGACCUCUGCCUCUCCACUUCCCUCUCACCCCCCCUCUCCCCCGGCUGGUGACCCCUCAGUCGCACCCCCAUCCCUCCAGCCUGAGAGGCCCGUGGGGGUCCAGGAACGGCCACUCUCGGCCCUGUUGGCUCUAGGACGAGCAGAAGAGAUGAGUCCACCAAAAAAAAGAGGAUCAGAGAUAAUCUUCAAUGCCCUGGAGAAAGCUAAGAGGACGCUCACCAGCCCUCUUAUGACCCCCAUCCCCUCCAGACCUGUCACGCCCACCAUAGAGGACCUAACCCCACCCCCCCACAGCCCUAGCCCCACCCCGGUGAAAUCGCUACCUGAGCUCCCACCAAUCGACUACGAUGACCAGGCAGGGGCGGCGGCCCCUACACCCCUGAUACCGGCCCUAGUCAAAGGUAUUGACAUUAGGCAGGCGUCUCCUAUGUUGGAGGGGAUAGCAGAGAAGGGUGCAAGGGACCUCCUACCAGACCUGUUUGUGGUGCCCCCUCCUCCCCCGAGAAAGCGCCUCCCAGAGGCCUCCACCCGAGGAUCCCCGCCAGAGAAACCCCCCCAACUCCCCUCUGUGGACCUGACUGCCUAUGCUGUGGAGAUUCCUGUUCCUUCAGCUGAUUCUGCUCUCAACAUUCCUGAGUUUGAGGAUGUAGGAUUAGAUGUUCUGGAAUUGGAAGCCCCGGAGUUCCAGCCUGCAGACUUAGUGGAAUUAGAGGUGUCUAAGUGGGGAGCCCAGGCAGAAGACAGCACCAAUGAGAGCUGUGGCAAUGCCUAUGAGGACAUGCCCUCAGCCAAGCAGAAGGUCAAGGGUCAACCCACCAAGAAAAAGAAAGGAACAGCGAAGAGUAAGACACAGGCACCUUACAACCCAUAUGCUGAGACUCAGCUUCCGACAGAAGAAACACCCAAGACUGACUUGUUCUUGAAGAAGACUGCCUCGGAAACCCCAGAUGAGAAACAAAUGAAAAAGAAAGAAAAACAAAGUUUUGAGAAGGAGAAGAAAGAACAGAAAGAAAGAGAGAGGAAAGAGCAGAAAGAGAGAGAGAAGAAGGAAAAUGAGAUGAAGUUGUUUAAGAUAACAGGUCAGAAGGAGGCUAUAUACCAGGCUACAGUGAUGGUAGCGUCUAAAGGACAUAAGAACAACCUGGCUGUGAAGAACGGGGACAUAGUCAGCAUCAUACGGACCACAAACUGCCCGAAAGGAAAAUGGCUGGCCAGGGACAGCACUAAUACAUAUGGAUACAUCUCAGUGAGCGACGUGGAGCUGGACAUUAAGGAGAUGUUGGAAAUGGGGAAGAGGGCUUCUCGGGCCAUCAGCUGUAAAAACAUUACCACUAUGGUAGAACAGGGAGGAGGUGAGGUGGACAGCAGGACAUCCAAUCACUACCCACUUCAGGAAGAUACAGGCAGCUUCACAGACGACAGUGAGGAGUGGGCACAUGAUGAUGAUGAUGAACCUUUCUCCUCCCUCAUCGAGGAAGACCCCACAGAGAGCUCUCUCUUUCCCUACUGUCUCCCUCUAAGACCUGAAGAACCUGAAGAACCGAUCAGCCCUAUGGACAUAGGAGGACCAGAGACAGUGUACCUGUGUAAAGAGGAAGCAGAUAUGGUGGUUCUUCCUCCUCCUGACCUGUAUGCAGACAUCAUCAUCAUCAGUGACGCUUAGACUACAAACUACCUACAGCUGGUGAACACAGGAAGAACGGCAAGAUGGUAUGUCUCAUCGCCAUGACAAUCAGUCAGAUGACGGAGGCUUGCAGAAUCUGUCUGGACAACCUGCAAUCGGAUGGACUAUUUCUGUUAUUGUUUAGGGAUUCAAUCUGAGCACUCUAGUCGACAAUGCAGCCUUUUAAGGUAACCGUGUUCAGAGAUGGCAUUCAAGAUAAAUGCUGCAGUUGUCGGAAAUUACUGUUAAAUGUCAAGGACGCUAAUAGCGCGGUUUUGGAUUGAAUCUCUUGUAUUGAUGUCCAUCCAGGGUUAUGGAGGGCAUUAUACAGAAUGUUUUAUAGAAAGACAAUUAUGCGACACCAUACCGUUGGUUGAGGUUCCACUGUAUCUUUACAAGUGUCUACGUUGGAAAUUCCUACGACAACUCACUGUAUCCAGCUACUUCUGUGUCUCAAAUGACACCCUAUUCCCUGUGUCAUAAACUAAGUGACAGAGGGUUAGCCACAUAGGGCUCAGUCAAAUGUAGUGCACUACACAGGGAAUAGGAUGCCUGCCAUAUGAGACUUGUCUUAUUUUUUAUAUUCCCAGUGAAUUUCCCAUAAUUAUUAAAGAGAUGUAACAUUUAGCCUCUAGCUCUGCUAGUUGUGAUCAUAUGGUGAUUCAUAAACUCAAAGCAGCGGUCUACUG